GCCGCGCGCGCAUGCGCUCUAAGUUUCUGCUUCCCAUGGCGCGGGAACCGCUGUCAUCGCCUCUCUGCACUCUCCCUCCAGGCCCCGGGUCCCCGCGCUUCGUGUGCUACUGCCUGGGGGAGGAAAACGGGGAAGGGGACGGUGGCGACUUCAACCUCUAUGUGACCGACGGCGUGGAGCUCUGGAGCACUCGCUUCACCCCGGACAGCCUGAGGGAGCACAAAGCCCGCUUCGGCCUGAGUGGCAGCCAGGCCAUCACCCCGCGGUUCAGGGCAGCCUGUGAGCAAAAUGCGGUGGCCGUCAGCCUACAGGAGGACCAAGCCUCGCUGACCCUCUCCGGAGGCCCCACGACUGCCCUGCACUUCGACCUCUCCAAGGUGCCUGCCACAGAAGCGACCUCCAGGUUGCAGGCGCUGACGCUGGCCCUGGCAGAGCGUGUGUGCAGCGCAGAGCGGCGACUGACAGCUCUCCAGGAAGCAGCCACCAGUCCCAGGAAGAACCCCUGGACAGAGGGACCUCAGCUCUUCUUGCGGGACCCAGAUCUCCAGAGCAGCUCUGGGCCUGGGGUCAGGAAAAGGUGCCCAGGAGAAUCCCUCAUCAAUCCUGGCUUUAAGAGUAAGAAACCAGCUGCUGGUGUAGACUUUGAGGACACCUGAGGGUCUGCAAGUGAGGGUCUACUAGGUGCUGGCAACAUUGGGGAGGGCAGCCUUGAGGCUUCAUCUCCUCCUCACCUGCCCACAGAAACUUGCCCUCCCAUCAAAUAAAAGCUUCCUGGGGUGAUGUCCCGGACAA